AUGGAGAUGACCAUGUUUAUUCCACUGCUGCUGCUGAUCUGCUCUUUCUCCACGGCUCAGCUUCAAGCAGAGCCUGACAAUGAAAUUAUUCCACAUGGAAAACAGACUGAAUCCCGGGGAGGAGAACCAGCAAAUGCCUCUGAUCAGCAAUUGACCUGUCCACAAGACAUUCAUGCUGUGCUGAGAGAGAUGAGCACCUUGUUGGGUGAACAGAGGGUGGAGAUCAGGCAGCUACAGACACAAAAUGAAGCACAGACAGCUAAACUGAGAGAACUGGAAGUGCAGAAGACUGAGGUGGACAACUUAAAGCAACAGCUACAAGCCAAACAGGUGGCUUUUUCGGCCUCUCUGUUGGCUUCCGGCUCAGGAACAGUCGGACCAUUUAACACACACACUCCUCUGGUCUUCAGACGCGUCGUCUCAAACAUUGGAAACGCCUACAACCCAAACACAGGGUUUUUCAUUGCACCAGUGAGAGGAGCCUACCACUUCGAGUUCUACAUAGGUGCACAUGGACAUAGUUCACAUGCUUCAGGUGCUGUGUUGGUGAAGAAUGGAGAACAUAUUUUUAUUGUAUAUGAGCAUCAAACUAACGGUUAUGGGAGUUCUGCCAAUGGCGCCACACUGCUUCUAGAGGUUGGAGAUGUUGUGUUUUUGCGUCAGUGGCAAAACACAAGAAUAUUUGACAAUGGAAAUCACCACAGCACCUUCAGUGGUCAUCUGCUUUUCACCAUGUGAGAAAGAAACAGUCCUUUUCCUUUACACACUGUAGCAGUGUACCAGUCUUUGCAGAUAGAAG